AUGGACCCGGCUUCUUCGCUGACGUGGGCCCCAGAAUCAGUGGUUUCAAGGGGCAUCGCAGCUCAUCGUCGCUAUGCCCUCGGUCAAGUCACCACAUCUCACUCUUUCCCACCACCUUUGCUCAUCAUUGCCAUUGCCUAUCUACUACAGCUUCACCUCUUCUCACCUCCCAACCCCUACCCUCGACGUCAUGUCAGUCCAUCCAUCAUGGCUCUCCCGUACGAACUUGUGGAUCUCAUCUUCUCCCAUGUCGACUCGCCUGCCGAUAUGAAGAGCCUCCGUCUUGCGUGCUAUGCCUACUCCCGUAUCGGUCUUCCGCACAUUUUCAGCCCUCAUUUCAAGUGUCUUCCCUGGAGGAAUGAUGUCUGGCGCCUGUGGCACAUUUCCGCUCACCCUCACCUCCGCCACCUUAUCAAGACAGUCACAUUCAACCUCUCCGACUUGGACGAGGACGACGCCCGUCGUUCUUGCUUCUUUGAUCACUGGGCCACGGAACCGGAGGACCGCGACAUGGUCCUCCUGCAGAGCGCCUGGGUCGAGUUUCACGUGAACAAGGCGUCCCGCAUUGCCACGCCCAAACUCGAGUCCCAAGGCAAGCUCUUAGCCGCUACACUCGGCGACCUCCCUUGCCUGGAGAGUGUCAAGAUUGCCUACAACGAGUGCCCCUACGAGGGGCGCGUCCUGGCCCGCACCUUCGAACGCCUCGAGGCCCGGAAGUUGGUCAUACCGCAGGCCACCCGGACCUUCGAAGUCCUAGGCCGCGCCUUGUCUCGCUGCCGGAAUCUCCGCAGCGUCACCAUCGACCGCUUCCCCGUCGCCAUGGCCUGGACCAGCGAACCCGCCCUGAAAGAGCUGCUCCCCUGGACCCAGACCCAGCGCGCCGAGAAUAACAACAACUGGGCCGCCUUCGCCCGCUCUCUCGACCGGCGCCUCGCGCGGCUGACCAUCUCGCUGGACUGCACUUCCUCCACCCGGGUCCUCCCGGCCGCCGCCCGCUUCUGCGACGACGCCGUCCGCGCCGCCGCCGCCCUGGUGACCUGCAGCGCCGCCAGCCUCACGCACCUGGCCAUCACGAAGCAUUCGUACGACGAAGCCGACUUGGACUCGGACAACACCGCCAACGACCUGCUCAACAACCCCCUCUUCCGGACCUACUACCCGCGCCUCGCCGAUCUCGAGCUCCAGGGGUUCGUCGUGGGCUGUGACGAACUGUUGGCGUUCCUGGGCGAACAUGCGGCCACCUUGCGCCGUCUGAGCCUGGGCGGACAGGGUCCCACGGACGCCGGCGGCGAUUCGGCGUCGAUAUCGGAAGCGGGGCUUACCCUGCGGUUCGGCACGUGGAGAGAAUUCUUCACCGGGCUGCGAGGCUUGUUGCCGAAUCUGGAGAGCCUGCGCUUUCGGGGUUUCUUCACACAGUCGCAACCAUCCUCCACCGGCGUCGGAGGCCCUGGCGGUGGCGGGUUUUCUGGCGAGACGUACUACUUGACACCGCUUGGCGAUUUCGCAGACGACCUUGUUGGUGAGCUGGAGGGUCUGGAGUGGGGGUUCAAUGUCCCUCUGGUCAGGAUUCUCGAUGGCGCCGUCUUUGAGCGCUUCGUGCUAGAGGGUGCCUGUCUUCAGAGGGAAGCCAGAGAACUCGCGGUUCUCGAAUGCCAGUUCCGGGACAACCUUUUGUCUCGUCCGCAUAGUAUGCGCAAAACAACGGUCUCCCAAGCCGAAAACUGCUUGGCACGGAUCAUCGCCGUUGGCACCCGGUCCAUGCAUCACACCAGCAACUACCCCACAACCGCAUGCGAACAGAAACGCGUUGGUGUGCUUGGUAUCAAAUUCCAUAUCACGCCCCAAGAGAUACCCACUGAACAACCGCUGAGCGUGUGCCUUGAUCACCGUGUCGGCAGAUCUGUUCGAGUCCUGAGUUAUCGAGCCGCAAAUUGCUUUGGGCGAUUGCAGGCUCGUGAAGACGCUGGCUGGAACAGCAUAUGA